CACUUUCCCAAACCAAAUCACCUCUCUCAGGGGGCUGCUACCUCUGUCUAUGUCCCCACCGCAACCACCGCAAAAUCUACCAUCAAUUCAUGAUUCACCGCAACCUUUGAUGUCGAUGCCACCUUCUGUUCCGCUUUACAAGCACCCGUCAUGGUCGCCGGACAUAUUCCGCGACGAAGCGUGGCUGAGAAGGAAAGGGAACAGCAAGAAGAGGAGGAGCAAGAGCGUGACGGAUGAAGACCUGGACGAGCUCAAGGCGUGUUUCGAGUUGGGGUUCGGGUUCGAUUCGCCUGAGGUGGACCAACGUUUGUCUGAUACUUUGCCUGCUUUGGGUCUUUAUUAUGCUGUUAAUAAGAACUACAACGACACCAUCAUCUCCAAGCCUUCCACGGCGUAUCCUUCGGUUGUUUCGAAUUCUGAGAGUAUUUCGUCGCCCAUUGGAAGCCCCCGCUCCAUUGUUGGCCCUGGUGAUAAUCCACAGACAGUGAAGACAAGGCUGCGGCAAUGGGCGCAGCUGGUUGCUUGUUCAGUGAGGCAAAGCUCAUGACGACGACGAUGAUGGAUGGAUCAUGGAUGGAUGGAUGUGUUCCAUAACUUGAUAUGAUCAUCAAGGUUUUGAGGAUCAAAUUCUAAGAAAUAAAAGCGAUGAAAGCAGAGUUGUUUAUCAAUGUAAAAGAACCAAACAUGAACUGUCUUUUGUUUGGUAAAUUUGGUUAGAAAUUUCCAGAAAGGAAAAGAGAAAAAUCCGGACAUUGAAUGAACUAAAAUAUCUGCUAGAUUGACUUUUCACAA